ACUCUACACCGCAUCCCUCCACCCGCCAGCAACAACCACAACACCACUCAACUUCGAUAUCCCGUGCAAUACCAGUCGCCCAACUUCCCCAUACUCCGACCUCCGAAAACUCUGCCCAUCAUGGUCCUCGGCAAAGUCGCGCAUUACGCUUUCGAUGCGGUAUUAAUAUCCGCCUUCCUCGCCGGCGUCCGUCGCUCCACUGGCCUCACACCCAGUGUGAAGCCCGAUUCCUUCAGCGAAAACCCCAGCGCCCAGAAGUGGUUUGAAAACUACCUCUGGGUCGGCGAGACUGUCAUGGACCAGAGCGUCGCCCUGUUCGGCGCCAGCUCUUACUUUGAACGCAAGCGGUAGAUUUUCUUUCUGUCUGUUACACACAGCGAAAGUCGACGAUUGUCCUCCUGAUAACCGGCGAGGAAAUUUGGCACAAUGGGAGCGUUCUGGAGGCAAGGGCAGAGCGGCGGUGGGGGCUGUGAUGGACUACGGGGUACAUAGUCCGGAGCUCCGGUAUAUUGCUCGCAAACAAAGACAUGGGUUUGCGGGAAGAAGGGCAUGCUUUAUGCACGGUUUUUCGCCGCCUCGAGUGAAGAAGCGGAUGGCGUUUAGGCGCUGUUAUCUAUACGAAUGCUACGAAUGUUCGCUUUUGGA